AGCUAAGCUUUAACUGAUAAAUUAAGCCAUAAACCCUGAUAGAGUGGGUAUACCUCUCAGGUCAAAAGGAAGUCAUUGCCCUCUUUAGCCUCAACCACUGGGCAACUAAGCAAUUCAACAGAAGUAGUAGCCUUCAUAGAUUAAAAAGUGCUAAUGAGAUCCCGACGGCAGUGGGUUUUGGUUUUGGAAUGAGAUCACUCUGCUUUCUUCUUAGGUUGUCUGGUAUCUUAUUUUAAACUUAGAAGUAUAUUCCUUCAAAUAUAUUAUUUAAUUUGAGUAUAUAGGCAAAAAAACGCAGCAGCAUAUUUUGUUUCUCGAGGCAAAAAUUUUACAUUUUUUUCACAGAAUCUCACUAGCUUAUGUGCUGUAGGUAUGUGAAAAAGUUUGCUCAGUACCAGUUAUGUGUGUUUGAUGCUACUAUCUAAUGUGCGCAUCCAAGGAUAAAGUUAACUUGUGUGUAAAUAUAACUCCUAUACACUCAAUAUCAUAAGUACUUAUAGGAAACCCAUAUUCCAAUAUCCCAAAAGACAAUAGAAAUGCUUUGACAUUUUAGACAUCAGCUUGGUUUGGUAUACACAUUGCAGUUAUUUCGGUGAGGCAUUUUCUACAUGGAGAGAACUGGUUCCAAUAACUGUUUCUUCAUGUUAUCUUUUCUCUACAGAACAAAUCAUAACACAUUUGUCAUUCACUCCACACAUCUUCUCUUUUGGCAGGAACAACUCUCUCUUCCCAUCUCUUUCCAUUGAAAGGAAGUGUGACAAUGGCUGAAAGAAACCUGAGUGUGGGGACAACCUUUGCCCUCUUGGGAUUCACAGAUUACCCAGAGCUUCAGAUUCCUCUUUUCCUUGUGUUUCUGAUCAUGUACAGUGUCACCGUGGUAGGGAAUCUUGGGAUGAUAGUGAUCAUCAAGAUUAACCCCAAAUUUCAAACCCCCAUGUACUUUUUCCUUAGUCACCUUUCUUUUGUUGAUUUUUGUUACUCCUCUAUCGUUACUCCAAAGCUGCUUGAAAACUUGGUCAUGGCAGACAAAAGCAUCUUCUACUUUAGGUGCAUGCUCCAGUUCUUCUUGUCCUGCAGUGCAGUGGUGACUGAGUCCUUUCUGCUGGCAGUGAUGGCCUAUGACCACUUUGUGGCCAUCUGCAAUCCUCUGCUCUAUACAGUGGCCAUGUCACAAAGACUCUGUGCCCUGCUGGUGGCUGGCUCAUAUCUGUGGGGGAUGUUUGGCUCCUUGGUACUCCUUUGCUAUGCUCUCCUUCUAGACUUUUCUGGUCACAAUGUAAUCUACCACUUUUUCUGUGAGUAUACUACUCUCAUAGCUGUCUCUAGCUCUGAUAUACGCAUUCCCCAACGUCUGCUUUUUGGGUUUGCCACCUUCAAUGAGGUGAGUACACUACUAAUCAUUCUCACUUCGUAUGCUUUUAUUUUUGUGACUGUACUAAAAAUCCAAUCUGCCAGUGGACGUCGCAAAGCCUUCUCCACCUGUGUCUCCCACCUGACUGCCAUCACCAUCUUCCACGGGACCAUCCUUUCCCUCUACUGUGUGCCUAACUCCAAAAACUCUUGGCAGAGAGUCAAAGUGGCCUCUGUAUUCUACACAGUGGUUAACCCCAUGCUGAACCCCCUCAUCUAUAGCCUGAGGAACAAAGAUGUGAAAGUUGCCUUCUGGAAAUUAAUGAACACAAAAGUCCUCUUUCACUGA